GUUUUCCCUCUUUCAUGUCUCGUAUCACCCACCACCUAGAAAGAAAUAAAGCAUUCAGACAUCCACCCAGAUACUAGACAGACAAACAUCUUGUUCAUACUCCACCCUGCCCUGCCUUACCGCUUGCAUAGCCAUAGAAACUGUUUGGGGUGUUUCUUUUUCUGCCAACCAAUCUUCAUAUGCACUGGACACUUUCCCACCAUGUUGAUGACAUUUUAAAUAUGCUUGUCAGUUUUCCCAAAUUGUAACUGAAGAAAACCUUAAGAGUUUAUACUUGUGGACUAAAGUGUGACUCUGCCAGUUAUCAGAUAGGAAAACUGAGAAUCAGAAAACUUGCCCAAAGUCACACAACUAAGAAGAUACAGACCUGGAAUCCAUCUCUCUGCAAAGCCACAUGCUCUUUCCAAAAUUCCAUCUUACAUUAAACUUAGUUUUAUUAGGGUUUUUUUAAAAUUAGGUUUUAUUUUUAAAGUAACUGUUGUGAGACAUGUCUCUAAUACUGAAGUGAGAAUCACUUACUAGUUACUAAAAUUCACUAGUUAGAACGUUAGCAGUGAGAACUGAGGUUACAUUGAGUAUAUUUUACUAUGUGGUAAAAAUUUGUACAGCAUGUCCUGGAACACAGUCUAACAACACAGCGAGGAUGAAUCUGGAAAAACUCAGCAAGCCUGAACUCCUGACACUAUUCAGCAUUCUUGAAGGAGAGCUUGAAGCAAGGGAUCUUGUUAUAGAAGCUUUAAAGGCCCAACACAGAGAUACUUUCAUUGAAGAACGCUAUGGAAAAUAUAACAUCAGUGAUCCUUUAAUGGCUCUCCAAAGAGACUUUGAAACACUCAAGGAGAAAAAUGAAGGCGCAAAGCAGCCCGUCUGCACAAACCCACUGUCUAUUCUGAAGGUGGUGAUGAAGCAGUGUAAAAACAUGCAGGAGCGCAUGCUAUCCCAACUGGCUGCUGCUGAGAGCAGGCACCGAAAGGUGAUCCUUGACCUUGAGGAAGAAAGGCAAAGGCAUGCACAGGACACAGCUGAAGGAGAUGAUGUCACCUACAUGCUGGAGAAGGAGAGAGAGCGGCUGACUCAACAGUUGGAAUUUGAAAAGUCCCAAGUGAAAAAGUUUGAAAAAGAACAGAAGAAACUCUCCAGUCAGCUGGAAGAGGAGCGCUCCCGGCACAAGCAACUCUCAUCCAUGCUGGUACUUGAGUGCAAGAAAGCCACCAGCAAGGCAGCAGAGGAGGGGCAGAAGGCAGGAGAGCUGAGCAUGAAAUUGGAAAAGGAGAAGAGCCUAGUGAGUAAACUGGAGGAAGAGCUGGCAGCCGAGAAGAAGCGAGGCUUGCAGACUGAGGCCCAGGUGGAGAAGCAGUUGUCCGAGUUUGACAUCGAAAGGGAACAACUGAGGGCAAAACUGAACCGAGAAGAGAACCGGACCAAAACUCUGAAGGAAGAGAUGGAAAGUUUGAGGAAGAUAGUGAAGGAACUAGAGUCUUCCCAUCAGCACGGUAGCCCUAAUGAGCAAUUAAAGAAACCAGUAACCAUGUCCAUAGGCACAGUAACUGAGCCUCCCAUGCUGGUGUCGGUAUUUUGCCAAACGGAGAGUUUUCAGGCAGAAAGAAUCCAUGGGAGCAACACAGCCAAGGUGACAAACAUUGGGUUGCCUGGUCCCACCACUCCUACUUACUCUCAUGCAAAAACCAAUGGUCACUGUGACCCAGAGAUACAAACUACCAGGGAGUUGAUUGCAGGCAGCAGUAUAGAAAACCAGGUGCCACCACUAGAGAAAUCUUUGGGAUUGGCCCAAGAGAAGCCCAUGGAGAAUGGUGGAUGUCCAAUGGGAAUUGAGUCUCCAGUCCCAAUGCAAAGUCACCUCCCUUCCAGUGGGAGUUCACUGUCUCCCAGCAGCACUGCCUCCUCCUCUCUGACAUCCUCUCCUUGCUCCUCACCAGUACUAACUAAGCGCUUACUGGGGUCAUCAGCUAGCAGCCCCGGCUACCAAUCAUCCUACCAAGUAGGGAUCAACCAGCGGUUUCAUGCAGCUCGACACAAAUUUCAGUCCCAAGCAGAUCAAGACCAACAAGUCAGUGGUCUACAGAGCCCUCCAUCCAGGGAUCUGUCCCCUACCCUCAUAGACAACUCUGCCGCCAAGCAGCUGGCCCGCAACACAGUCACUCAGGUGCUCUCCAGAUUCACUAGCCAACAGGGGCCAAUCAAGCCCGUCUCUCCCAACAGCUCUCCCUUUGGCACAGACUAUCGAAAUCUGGCCAACACAGCCAACCCAAGAGGUGACACCAGCCAUUCACCUACUCCAGGAAAAGUGUCCAGUCCUCUGAGCCCCCUGUCUCCAGGGAUUAAGUCUCCAACUAUCCCCAGAGCUGAAAGAGGGAACCCUCCACCCAUCCCACCCAAAAAACCUGGCCUCACCCCAUCUCCAUCUGCUACCACUCCACUGACCAAACCUCAUUCCCAAGCAUCCUCUUUGACCACCACAGAAGACCUUGUCGGUGUUGUAGCCAAUGGCAAGGAUGUUGAGAUACUUUUGCCUACCAGCAGCUAGUCCUUAGGAAGGAAUCUCCACAUCUGACAUUCCAUCAGAUUUCAUCCAAGAGCUCAGAGUCAAACCGUUGAGUCAGAUCAUGUUAUUUAUUUUGAUAGUAGCUGAAACCAUCUGUAUCAUAACAUUUAGUGAAUUUCACCUUUUUGUAUUUUUUUAAGUAGAAACUAAUCCAUUUGAACUUUUAUGGCUCAAAUCUUUGUACUGAAGCUAGAAGGGCACCUCAAAGACAUCUCAAUCUCAGCAGUCAACGUCAUGUUGUGAUGGCGAAAGCUAAUUGAGUACCAGGUGGUGAUUUGCUAUCUAUUUUGGGACUAGAAUCACUCAACACUCAUUUUGAAUUAUGCAGAAGUGGUUCAUGCAGAUUUUUAUUCCAGAUGAACAUGUUUUAAAAGUGCCUGAAAUAAGACUGCCAUAUGAAUGUGACUCUGCAGCAAAAAAAAACACAAAAUGGAUCAUUUAAUUGCAGAAAAUGAGAUCCUCUAUGAAUUCUGAAUGUUAAAAACCAACACUGCUUUUAAUUGUCCUUUACUCUUUUUAAUACAAGCUUUGUGUUCUGAAACAAGGCCGCAUAAGUAGAAUGGGAAUCCUUCUAAAGGUGGGUGUGAACUCAACACAAAACUGAGCUUUAUAGAGCCCUUGAGAACCCUCCUGAGCAUUAAGCGAUUGGGGUGCUGAUUUUCUUGUAUUUUUGAAAAAUGAAGUAGUUCCAAGUUUCCUGCAUAAAUUCUGAAACAAAAUGAAAACCCAUCUCCAUCCAAAAAAUGUCUUCAAGCAUCUACUGUUGUGUAAGGAACUUCUGAUUCUCAUUGCUAUUACUUGAAGAAGAAAUGGUUUUCGUUCUGUUCAAAAAUUUUGCAACAGAAUGAGGUCUUCUUUAUUCUUUAAUCAAAAAGCAAUAACUUAAAAUUCACUCACUUUUGUAAUAUGAUGUCAGAAUUAUACAGGUUUUACCAAAUUGUUAUAACUGUUCUCCAAGCUGCCAGAUCUUGGUGUCUGUCUGUGGAACCAAAUUAACUUUGCCUAGAUAGAAGUAUGCAUAUGUCUGUAGAGAUACACACCCUUUACAUGUUUAACAUACACACAUUUAAACACAUAAAUAUUAAUGUGAUUAUAUCUUUGAGUUUUCCAUAUAGCAUAAAGGACAAGUAGAAAUGCAUGUUAAGAUUACCUACCAAAGUAACCAGAUGCAGCUGGGACCCAGUCAGUCAGAGGAGGAAUCUUAUCCACAGGGAGGUGCAGAAAUUCCAAAUGAAGCCCAGGUCUUCAACAUCAUAAAAAGAAGGGCUAAGCUAACCCCAGGGUCCCAAAUUCAACUGGGCAGGUCAUAUCAAUGAGUGAAAAAGGUCGCUCACUCAGAUGGUUUAAGACAGCUGGGAGGAGUGGGAGCUGGAACACACUGAAGUGCCCAAGCCCACUUAAAAGGGUCACCCCUGUUCAGCUUCAGCUGCUUGCUGCUGUGCAAGAAUGCUAGACCAGGGUUAGCAGCUCUUCAGAUUUUUAUGAAAUCCAAAUUUUCAUGACAAACAUUCUCAUUUUUAAAUAUCAAGAGCAGAUUCAAAAAAAAACUUGAAACACUGCUGGUUAAACAAACAUUUCUGCAGCUGGAUUUAGCCUGCAGGCUGCCAAGUUGCAACCUCUUUCACACUAGAAACUUCUGUCACUUACUUCAUAGGGAGUUGUGUGGACAAAAGCCUCCACACUUUCCAACUGUGUAGUGCACAGUACAGCUGACAAAGUCCGCAGAAUAGAUGAGUAUACCCCUUUUCCAAACAGGACUGUACUCACAUACAUUCUCAAGCCAAUAUCUAUCGAGGAACCCCUCCCCUGCUAUAAUUUAAAUCUAUCCCCUUUUAAUCCAUCAUGAGCUGAUGGUGGAAAGUCAUGGGAUGGAAAUCAGUGUGUAAAUGGAGAAUACUGGUGUAUAAAUGCAGCUUAUGGUUUGAUUAAGGCCCAUACAUCAAAAAUAAAAAUACUGAUAAUAUCCCAGAGUAUCCUACCAAAAUGAUGGAGGCAUCUUAAACUGUCCAAAGGAAUCAUGCACUGAACGUUAUUCCCAUGCAUAGCCAAAAUGAACAGUGUUCAUGAUAACUUGAUGAACUUUCUAAACAGGAAGGGGGCCUUCAGUCCCAGUGUGUUAUUACCUCUCUUGUUCUAAAUGGUAAUCUUAAAAGUUGCAUUGUGCUCUUCCUUUGUUUUGGCAUAGAUAUAUAUAUAGAGAGAGAUACUAUAAGGAAUUUUAUUUCUUAGGAAGUGCACUGAAUAAUGUAUUUCUUUUACAGUGUAAUAUUGGGGUGGGGAAAUGCAAAAGAUGUGUAUUUUUGCUAGUUGCCUAUCUUCUGAGAUAAAGAAGCACAAUAUUGCAAUGGAUCCAACUAAUCCAGUUGGAUAUUAUAGAUUAAUAUUUAAGUUUGCUGUAGAUUGUGUGUGUGUGUGCUAAGUAAAAGUUUCAGGAUUCACAUUUUGGUAUUAACCCAUGUUGCGAAAGCUAUGUUACUGGUCAUCAGAUUAUAAUAAUGUGCAACACAAAAUACAAGCGUUAACUAGUCAUUAACAUUUGUAAAGCCGGAUGUACCAUGCAGAAGUCUUCAUUUUUAUAGUAUACUACAUUAAAACAAGUUAAAUCACAC